AAUGCUUCAAAAAACUCAAGCUAGAUUGAAUUUCAGCCAUGCUACUUACUUCAGCUUCACGGGCUAUGUGUGCUCACAACACAGCCUUCAUCACUUCACAAAAUCAUGAUAUAUCCGAAUGCUUUUUAUCAUCUGCCGGUGUAUUAUCCUUGCCGUCCACCAUAUGCUAUUGCCAUGAAUAUCUCAGUUUUGAACUUUGCAGUGAGGAUGAAUUACAACCGGAGGGACAGAUGGUCCUCCCACUGCUUAGACAGCUCAAAUCUCUUAACCUUGAUUCUUACUAUGGCGAUAGGUUCCGAGGGGAGGAACAAAUAAUCCCCUCACUGCUUCAACGACUUCCUUUCCCCCAGUUCAAACCUUGCCGUGAGCAGGAGGAGACAGGCCCGGUACUUAUUCAAGCUGGCGGUCAUCAAGGCCGCUUGGGCAUCUACCACAACGACCCCACAAGGAUCCUCAAGGAAACCUACCAAGACGAGGCAGAUUUCUAUAUGCAUGUGGCACCAAAACUUGAUAAUUUAUUGGAAGAACCUUACCGGGGCAGUUGGAAACCUUCAAUUCUCAAUUGGGAGAAGUCUUCAAUGAAAAAGAAUGGAAGGGAUCGAGCUUUCAUUGUUUUAGAGAAUAUAGCACCGGUAUCCCUUCACAGAAAAGCGGGUAAAGAUCCUAAUUACUUUUGGCAUCCCAAUGUAAUUGAUAUCAAACUGGGGAAAAGGUUAUACGGUGAUAAAUCAAAGCCUUCAACAAAAGUGCGUAAGAAGCGACUUGCAAUUACAACUACUUCGCAUCUGCUUGGUAUGCGUCUGACUGGUGCUCAGAUUUGGGAUAACAAACAAGAAAAAUAUGAAUCUAUUUCAAAGCUAUAUGGCCAUUAUAUAAAGGAACAGGACUUAAAAAGAAAAUUCAACUAUUUUUUUCCAAUCUUGAAUGUUGAUACAGGUUCAAGUCAUGAAGAAUACCAAUUGAGAAAGUCUCUGGGUGGCUUGCCUAAAGAGAUGAUGAAAACUGUUGUUGAAUCCCUAAUUUCUCAACUUAAAAUUCUGACAAAAAAUGUGUCCAAGUUCAAGUGGUGCACAUUCAACACCAGUUUGUUGAUUGUAUAUGAAGGUGAUGUUAAAAGACUGAAAACUUUGAAUACAGGCUCUUCAACAAAACCAACCCAAGAAAUUGCACAUGUUAGGUUAAUUGAUUUCCCUCAUGCUAGGGAAGAUGAUACUCCAGACCAAGAAAUCAAUCUAGGCCUACAAACUACUCUAGAUCUUUUUGAAAAUCUUUACUUUCAGCUUAACAUGUAGUUUCUCACACAUUUUAUACAGAUGGUAUUCACCAUUCUGAUGGAAAUUUUCU